AUUUGAGGUCGGCUUGGUUGUCCAAGAGUGGACUCGGAAUCAAUAAUCGCCUAAAGCAGCCAUUUUCAAACAAUAGCCGGAUUAGGAAAGCAACCCCACUUGUACCUCGAAGCUUACCCCUGUCGCCCUUAGCUUUUACCCCGGAUUUCUGACAAACACGCGACGGUGGCCUUUUCCCCAGAACAUCAGGACAGUUUGUCAACACGAAGAGAAUAGUAAGCAGUUGCAUAGUGAUAUCGGGUCACUCCUGCUAUUCAUUACCUUCUUUCCACUUCAUGAAUUGAUUCCCUCUUCAGCUGCUACAGCUUCAUCAGUAGUCGAGUAACUCCAAAAUGGUCUACACCACAGCUAUUGUUGCCGCUCUUCUUGCAGCUCUGCCUGUCAAUGCUGGUCUCUAUCCCAAGAGCUCCAAAGUUGUUCAAGUUGACGCAAAGAGUUAUGACCGCCUCAUUGCCCAAUCCAAUUAUACCUCUAUCGUCGAGUUCUACGCUCCAUGGUGCGGACACUGCAAGAAUCUCCAACCUGCAUACGAAAAAGCUGCCAUAAACCUCCUGGGGCUUGCCAAGGUAGCAGCAUUCGACUGUGAUGACGAAUCGAACAAGGCUUUCUGUGGAGGCAUGGGCGUGAAAGGAUUCCCCACAUUGAAGAUUGUCAAGCCUGGCAAGACCCCUGGGAAGCCGAUAGUCGAAGACUACAAUGGAGAACGAACUGCGAAAGGAAUCGUGGAUGCCGUCAUCGACAAAAUCCCGAACCAUGUCAAGAGAGUGGAGGACAAGAAUUUGGAGGCUUGGUUGGAAGAGGCCAACGAAACGGCGAAGGCUAUUCUGUUCACGGACAAGGGAAAAACAAGUGCAUUGCUGAAGAGCAUUGCAAUCGACUUCAAGGGGAGCAUCAGUGUAGCACAAAUCAGAAAUACGGACAAGGAGAAGGCUUCUCUGGAACUCUUCGGCGUCAGCAAGUUCCCUACGCUUAUUCUGCUUCCAGGAGGCAAGGAGGCCGAAGGAAUUGUCUACGAUGGAGAAAUGAAGAAGGACCCUAUGGUGGCUUUCUUGUCACAAGCAGCAUCGCCUAACCCCGAUCCUGCUCCAGCGAAGGUCAAGCUUCCCAAAUCAAAGGACUCGAAGAAGUCUAAAGCCAAAGCCAAGGAAUCCUUCGAGGAAGCUUCCAAAACACACGCUUCAGAGGAGGGUAAGACUAAUAAAGCAACGGCUACCGAUGAGACGUUGGUUGAGGAAGCUACCGAAUCCCCGUCACCUGAGGUCGAGACUGAGAAGCCAGUUGACCUUCCAGUCCCCGCUCCAGCAAUCGGUAUUUUGGAAACAGAGACCGAACUUGAGGCUGAAUGUCUGGGUUCUCGUACCGGCACUUGCAUUUUGGCUCUUCUUCCCUCAACUCCUGAUGAGAUCGCUGCUACAGCCGUUGGAUCGCUUUCUGAGAUUGCUCAUAGACAUAAGCAGCACCAGCGAAAGCUAUUCCCAUUCUACGUCCUUCCUGAAAAGAAUACAGGGUACAAGCAGAUUAAGGACGCAUUGGCAUUGUCAGAUAUGGCUAUCAUUGCUGUCAAUGGUCGUCGAGGCUGGUGGAGAACGAUUCCAGUCACUGGAGACAAAAUCUCUGACAAGGACGUGACUGAGGAGGCAAUUGAGAACUGGGUUGACAGCAUUAGAUUGGGAGAGGGUGCGAAGCAGAAGUUGCCAGAGGGUUUAAUCCCCGAAGAACCAGAAGAGACAACAACAGAGGAAGAAUCGACCUCAUCCAAGACACCAGCCCCGUCUGAGGAGCCUAUUGUUGUGGAAGAAGUUAAGGUCGAGGAGAAGACGGAGCAAAAGCCUAUUGAUGAUCACGAUGAACUUUGAAGGGCGAACCGUGUGGAUGUGACUUGGUGACAGGUCUUUCGGAUGUAUAUUAGCGGGCAUUUUGCGAAUGAAUUUUCCUCAAACUUUUCCUUGCCUGAUAUCAAUACCAUAACUCCAGGGUAUCAUGCUCCAUUGCCGUAAUGCGUGAUCAUGCUAUAGUUGACUCCCAUCCAAGAUCUUCUUCCCUCUCUCCUUCACGACCUGAUCCAGGAUCUCUCUGAUUUGCUUACAUCCAUCAACACCCACAGCAAGCAUGCCUUCUAG